AUGGCUGCUGCAAACAUCCCACAAGAGGAAUUUGAUGACGAGUUCCUGACUUGUUGUGUGUGUCAGAGCCUCUACAACGACCCGCGAGUCCUGCCCUGUCUUCACACCUUCUGUGCCAGGUGUCUGGAAAGAUGGCGGAAAGGAGAGAGACAGUUCACCUGUCCUACCUGUCGGCAACAGGUGAGUCUACAGGGGACAGGUGUCAACAGCAUACCUGUAAGUUUCCACAUCAACAGGUUGCUGGACUUCAGGGCCUUGCGGAGGAGUGAGGAAUCCCAUGCCUGCUGUCAGAUGUGUGAGUCAGGGGCCAGGGUGGAGGGGACUUGUGGGGACUGCCGUCUCCUCCUGUGUAAGAACUGUAUAACAUCUCACGGUAACAUCCCCACACUGAAGGACCAUUACAUCAUCACCCUGGAUGACCUGAAGAACCCCAGAAGCAGGCAGAAUUACACCCGGGCCCAGUACUGUCCCAAACACACAGACCAACGCAUGACGUUCUUCUGCCAACCCUGCGCGAAGCUCGUGUGCCGAGACUGCACCAUUACCGAGCACCGACCGGGACCAGACCACGACCCACAGGACGUCAGUAAGGCCGCACAGGAGGUCAGGGCCGAACUGCAGACAUUACUGCAGAAAGCCCAGGAAACAACUGAAGAUCUUAAGAAAACCACCAGUGCUGUUGGCAAAGAACUUACAACCAUUGCAACCAACUGUGACAUAGAGGACAGGAAAAUACAGGAACAUUUUUCCAAGCUGAGAGGAAAACUGGAUGAGGCAGAAAAGGAAAUGAGAGGAAAACUGAGGGAGAUGGAAAAGACACAAAGGGAGCCUCUGCUGAAGGAGAGGGAAGUUUUGGAGAAACUUAAGGUCCACAGAGAUGGACUUCAUUCCUGUGCAAAUGUCUUAGCUAGAGACGGUAACUGGGUUUCAACUAUCAGCAGUGAUGGGGACAAACUAAACAGGCCCCACGGGGUGGCUGUGACAGAGGACGGACAUGUGUUUGUAGCUGAUGCGGGUGACCAUUAUAUCAGGAAGUACAGAUAUAUGUGA